CACAUCACCGAACCAAAACCAUAGCCGAAGAGCACGUGCAAGACACGUGCUAACACAACAGCACACCCGAGCAGGGGGAGAACCCUCUCUCCCACUCAAUCGUCAAACCCUAUCGUCUGCUCCUCUCCUCUCUCCUCGUUUUCUCUCUCUAAACAAUCCCCGAUCUCUCUCGUUGAAGCCGGAAAUUCAUCGAUAUAACUCAUGAAAUUCGACGAAAUCUUCGAAUUUAGGGUGUCAUCAAACUCAAAUUCAAGCUUAAUCUGAUGAUUUUUGUGAUACGCAAACACUAGAAUCUCUUCUUUGAGCAUGGAGGGCUCUGUGGAGGAUCUAGGAGCCCCACCGGAGUCAUGGGAGGUCGCCGACUUAGACUUGAGCGUGAAGAAACUGAUGUUAUCCACCAAAACGUCGUCGUCGUCGUCGUCUACUUCUCCUGCUGAGCUUGUUGAUAUACCGGUUUCAGCUUUGACUUCGAUGACGCUAACUUGUUUGUCUUCGGCACCAUCUGGUGGUGUUUCGGAGGAUUUUAUUAAUUCAGUAGAUCAGUUUCUUCGUGAGGCUAUACAAAACCCUCGCGAGCGACUCUCAGUUCUACGGAUGGAGCAGGAUGUUGAGAAGUUCAUCCGGGAUCCUACACGUCAGCAAAUGGAGUUCCAGCAACUGCCUACUUCCUAUCUUCGGUUGGCUGCACACCGUGUUGCCCAGCACUACUCACUACAGUCAAUGGUUUUGUUGGACAACAGCCUGCCAGAUGGUUCUGGUUCCACGAUAAUUGUCCGCAAGACUUCUAAUUGUCAGCUUCCUUUGAUUCGUCUGGCAGACAUUCCCCUAAGUUUACCAGCAGAAGACGGUAGUGUCAUUAAAGUUGCAAUUAAACAGAGGCCACAGAAACAGGCACAGUUUGUCCACAGUGGUAACUCACAUUCCUUAAAGAGAAAUAAUUCCAAAAGUGUGGAAGAGAGAAAAGAGGAAUACAACAGGGCUCGUGAACGGAUAUUCAACUCUAGGAGUUAUAGUGGGGGUGCUGGUGGGAGACCUGCAAGUGAACAAAGGAUACAGGAUACUUUCCAAUAUGGUUCACAGGGGAUCUCAAAUGUAGAAGAGAGAUCUGUUCUAGGGGGUUCUGAUGUGAUUAUUGGCAGGGCUUCGAGUAAUUCUUCAGCAGGUAGCAGUGGAUUACCUAGAAAUAGAACAGAGGAGCCAGUUGGUAGGUUUAAAACUAGUAAUAGGGUGGCUAUUUUUCGGGACCGUGAAGUUGAUCGCAAGGAUCCUGACUAUGAUAGGAGUUAUGACAGAUAUUUGCAAAGAUUUGAUCUAGGAUCUGGGUACAACGGAGGACCAUAUACCAUACAGCCUAUGUAUUCUCCUGCAUUGAACUACAGCACUGAAUUCCCACAACUUGGAUCAGCUCAUAGGCCUUCUAUUUUGACAGAACAUCAACCUCAGCCACUCCCUCAACAUCUACCUGGGUCCUGGGCUACACCAACAACCCAUGCAGGAAUUGGAUAUGGUCCUCCUGAGAUCAUGAUUACUCCAUUUAGCCCGAAUCAUAUUGGCGGGCGCUCCACUUCUGCUUUGUACUUGCACUCCAGUCAGUAUCUUAGUCAGCGCCCUGGAAUGCAGUUCAUCCAUUCUCACGAUCAUGUUCAACAACAACUCCUUUCACAGGCUCAUCAGCUGCAACCUGAUGCAAGUUUUGGAUUAGCCCGGCCCCGGUAAGGGGCGUGGGCCAUGCCUGCACCCUGCCAGUGAGUGCUUAAGUUGAAAUGUGUGGGUUUGCUAUAUCGUGGCACACAUAUCUCAACUGGUAAGGGUGCAGGCAUAACCGAGGUGGGCCGGAUGGAUAUUAAUCUUCCAGACACCCUCUUUGUGUCAUCUGGCCACAAUCUGUUUCAACAGAGCUUCUUGCAUACAGGUUGAAGCUCACUUGUCCUGGCAAUGCAAUUGUUUACAUAACGCUCCCCAAGUACUCAGCUUUGCCACUGAUGAUGAUGAUGAUGAAGAAUGAAAGUAGGACGAGAAAUUACCAGAGCUGAGAAUGUGUAUUCUUUAGUCGGACAAAGCACUUCAAAGCUCCGAAGGGAAUAUAAUGGGAGGAAUGUUCUAGGAUGUGGCUGCCUGUUUGAUUUUGGCCUGUGGAAGCUUUGAUGAUCACUUAUUAUUUUGUUGCAAAAUUAGUCUAUAAAAAUAAGAUUGUGAGCAACAUGACGUAUUAUACAACUGCUGCUUUUGGUCUUUAACCAUGUCAUAACGUAGAGAUAUUUGAUAUUUAUGCUGAUCCUCGAUGCAUUUCGUG